CAGGCUUCCCGCCAAAAGCGUCGAAGAAGAGAUCAGACAUGGCGGCGUCCUGUGCGGCACUCAUGAGGGCUCGCGCACUGGUCACUUUAGGGAGAAAACAGAUUGAAAUCAAGAAAGACGUCUGGUCGAACUGGACGUCGGUGUGUCAUUACAGGACUAAAGCUGGUGUCACACAUAAACACCGGCGUUCUUCGCCGGAAACGGGUCCAGAAGGUCCAGAUCUGCUCCGAGAGUUUCCCCAGCCGAAGAACCUGCUGUUCGCCACUCUGUCCAAGUGUCUGCGUGUGUCGGAUCUGUCACAGUACAUCCAGUACAGCUGCACCGAUGGAGAGGUCAAGCGGGCGACAGUGACGCUGCAGUGGCCCGUGAGGCUCGAGACCGAGGGCUUCGGCGCGCGCAGGGUGGAGGCGGAGCGUCAGGCGGCAGCUGCGGCUCUCUACAAGCUCAGAGAGCUGGGCGUCCUCAGUCAGGGAUCGUCUGUAACCGGAAUGACGAGACGGAAAGGGAGGCAGAAGUCUGUCUGGGAAGAUGAAGAGGAUGGUGCGGUCCUCGAUCGUCUUAAAUAUCUGCCAUUCCAGAAGAAAACCCAGAAGGAGAGAGCCCAAGGGCCUAUAGAAGAGGAUCCAGCAGUGACUGAGGCGCUCUCCAUAUUUCCAAAACCCAAGGCAGUUCUUGGCAGCGUCAUUCAGGUGGCCACGUCAUCCAACAGAGUCAGAGAGCUGCUUCAGUACAGAACGACCGGUGGAAAGGUAAAGACGUGUGAGUUGACCGUACGCUGGCCGGAGGAGAUGACCUUCACUGCUCAUGGCCGUCGCAGGCUGGAAGCAGAGACAAACGCAGCAGCACUGGCUUGCCUCCGGUUUAAGGAGCUGAAUCUUCUGGAUGAGCAGAACCAUCCUCUGACUCACGCCGGGUACCAUCAGCGGGAUGUGCGUGAAGCUGGAGAGAGACACCGACGACCCUGUCGCGUCCUGAUCGCCUCGGAUCUCCAGCGCAGGAUUCAGGAGUACCUCACACAGUAUCCCGUGCAGGCGGAGGUUCAGAAGCUGUGGGAUGAAGAGGAGCAGCGGUCCUUCAGCACUGAUGAUGAAGAGGAUGAUGACUUCAUCACAGACGCUAUCACCGGUAAGCCAUACCGUGCUUUACGCCCUGAGGAGGCAGAGUCUCGCAGCGAUCACCUGCUCAGCCUGUGGAUGAGGGCGGGGCCUGGCCGAGGGGUGGAGCUUCCCGUGGACUCGUAUAAAGAGAGCGUGCUGGAGGCGGUGAGGUCCUCGCAGGUGGUUGUGAUCGCAGGAGAGACGGGCUGCGGGAAGACCACACGGAUCCCGCGCUUCCUGCUGGAGGGGCAGGUCAGGAGAGGAGAGGGGGCCGAGUGUAACAUCCUGGUCACUCAGCCUCGCCGGAUCAGCGCCGUGUCUGUGGCACACCGAGUGGCGCAGGAGAUGGGACCUGCGCUCCGCCACUGCGUGGGAUACCAGGUGCGUCUGGAGUCGCGGCCCCCGGAGCGCAGCGGUGGAGCUCUGCUCUUCCUCACCGUCGGGGUCCUGCUGCGCAAGCUCCAGUCCAACCCCGGUCUGCAGGGCAUCAGUCACGUGAUCGUGGACGAGGUGCACGAGAGAGACGUGAACACAGACCUGCUGCUGGCGCUGCUGCUCUCCAGCAUCAAGGACAACCCAGCGCUGCGAGUGCUGCUCAUGAGUGCCACCGGAGACACGCAGCGCCUCUCGCAGUAUUUCGGAGGAUGCCCGGUGGUGCGUGUGCCGGGGUUCAUGCAUCCGGUGCAGGCCCGGUUCCUGGAGGAGGUGCUGACGGAGAUGGGUCGAGCGCCGCCGAGGAGAGACCGAGCGGAAGAAAAGGAUGUGGCUCCUGAUCUGGAUCUGGUGGCUGAUGUGAUCGAUCACAUACACAGAAACGGAGAGCCAGGAGCUGUGUUGUGUUUCCUCCCAGGAUGGCAAGAUAUUAAAGCUGUGCAACAGAAGCUGGAAGAGAAAGCAUCCUUCAGACGCGGGUCCCAGUUGAUCUUACCGUUGCACUCCAGUAUGGCUGUCGUGGACCAGCAGACGGUGUUCCAGCGUCCUCCAGACGGACAGAGGAAGAUCGUCCUGACCACAAACAUCGCAGAGACCUCCAUCACGAUCGACGACAUCGUGCACGUGGUGGACGCCGGCUGUCAGAAAGAGCAGAACUACGACCCCAGAACCAAGGUGUCCGCUCUGAACACGGUCUGGAUCUCACAAGCGAACGUGACUCAGAGAAGAGGGCGAGCGGGCCGCUGUCAGCCGGGUCACUGCUAUCAUCUCUUCCCUGGAGAACAGCUGGAGAACAUGGCAGUGUUCCCGGUCCCAGAGAUCCUGCGCACCCCUCUGGAGAGUGUCCUCAUCCAGGCCAAGAUCCACUGUCCCCACAGCAAAGCGGUGGACUUCCUGUCACGAGUGCUGGAUUCCCCGGACACUCAAGCUGUCCGAGUCGCUGUGAAGAACCUGAUGGAUAUUGGCGUGCUGGACGCGUCGGAGAACCUGACGCCGCUGGGCGAGCGUGUGGCCUGUGUGUCGUGUGACCCGCGUCUGGGGAAGGUUCUGGUUCUCUCGGCUCUGUUCUCCUGUGUUCUCCCGGUCCUGUCUGUGGUGGCCUGCUUGACGCGAGAUCCCUUCUAUAACAGCAUGCAGAACCGGGCGCUCGUCUCUAAGGCCAAGGCGUCUCUGAGCGGCUCCAGCUGCAGCGAUCACCUGGUCUUCAGUCGGGUCGUCCAGAGCUGGAGAGAGCAGCAGGGACAGGACAAGCAGGAGUUUCUGGACACACACACUCUGUCUGGAGCCAGUCUGCGCUUCAUACACGGCCUGAUGCAGCAGUUCAGUGAGAAUCUGUGUGAAGCCGGUCUUCUGGAGGCUUCUGCUGAAGCUCUGCGUCUGUCGUCUCGUCUGAAUCUACACAGUCAUCAGGAGCAGCUGGUCAAAGCCGUGCUGAGCGCCGGCCUCUAUCCUCACCUCAUACAGGUGAAAAGAGGCACAGUGACCAAAGGGGGCAGAUUUCGUCCGGAGAGUGUGUCGUAUCGUACCGAGAGCGGCCCUGUGCUUCUGCACCGCUCCUCCGUCAACCGAGGAAAUCCGGAUCUGUCGAGUCGCUGGCUCACCUUCUUCUCUGCGGUCAAAUCAAACGGUCAGGUGUUCAUCAGAGACUCGUCGGUGGUUCAUCCGCUGGCCCUGCUGCUCCUCACAGACUGUGACCUCAGCGAGAGAGUUGUUGGAGACGGUGUGGAGGUGGUGUUACCCGGUCACUCUCUCAUCCGAUGGGAGUUUCCUCCUCACGUCUGGGAGUUACUGUGGGAUCUGCGCACGUCCCUGCAGGCCAUGAUCCACCGCAGACUGCGCUCCGACCGCAGAGCCUCCUCGGACGACUGGAAGGACCAAGAGCUCAUCGCUUUAUUAGUGGAGCUGCUGAAUAACACGGAUCCGGAGUCUGCCAGCGAUCAGGAAGAGUUCAGCACAGAACACACUGGAUCUGAGCGUCUGUAACAUCCACAUUCCCAACACUUCUGCACAUCGCACACAAUCAGGGCUCCAUCAGUCAAGCUGCUUUUAUUUAUUAAGUUAAAGAUUGGUGGCAUUUCUCAUCAGCAGACGAUGCAAAACCCCAGAAUGUUUUUGCACCGAGGUAUUUUCAUAAAGUCGGGAGACUUGCAUGAGAAUACAUCUUCACUUAAUAUCAGCGUGCCUGAGGAUGAAUGAAAACUGCUAUAAUACUAAACUCUUAUGUCUGUGAGGGCGGGACAAAUAAUGUAACACUUUGCUUAAUUUAUUGUCCAAUUAAACGUUCAAAACAUA